UGGCAAAGGUAGAGAAACAGACAAAAGCCCAACUGCGGUUCAGUUGCAAAACGUAGCUCGAGUCUCUGCGAUGGCACUGCAGCUGCAAAUCGAGAAGCUCAAAGGUUUGGACAACUACAAGGCCUGGUCGAUGACGGUGCGGGCGUAUCUGGAGUCCGAGGAGCUCUGGACGGUGGUGGAGAAUGGUCCGGAGAAUAACGAGGAGUCCCUGCUGAAGGACAAGCGAGCCAAGUUCUUGAUCCUCUGCCUGAUCGAGACCAAGUUGUGCCAAUUCAUGGUCAGCAUUCGCACGGCCCGGGAUCUGUGGAACUACUUGCGCACCCAGCACUCGCUGCGCUAGAAUCAAAUAGAUCAAAUUCAGUCGAUUGUAUUGGAAAUAUAUAUAUGUAUGAAUUACAA